CAGUCCGCCCAUUCCUACACGGCCGGUCCGAGAUGGCGGCGGCUGCGCCGCUUCCUGAGGAGGCGAGUCGCACUACCGGUGGGGGCAGUGCCCUGUCUGCGGAUGGCGACACGGAGGACGCUGAAGACUUCAGCUCAUCGUCUUACUGCACCGAGUUGUCGCGGCGACAGAAUGCGCAGAGGCGCAAGGGACUCUUCUGCGACGUGACCCUGGCGUUCAUCGGCGGAGCGCACUGCUGUGAGUUCCCAGCGCAUCGCUCCGUCCUCGCUGCCGCCACUGACUACUUCACGCCGCUGCUCAGCGGGCCCUUCUCCGAAUCGAUGUCGAGCAGGGUGGAAAUGAAAGAAUGGAGCUCGGAGCUUGGGCUAGACUCGGACACCGUGGAGGGAGUCAUCCAGUACAUGUACACCGGGGAGAUCCGGGUGAGCACCUGUAACGUGCAUGAGGUGCUGGAGCUGGCGGACAGGUUCCUGCUGCUGCAGCUGAAGGAGUUUUGUGGAGAGUUUCUAAAGAAGAAACUUAAUUUAACAAACUGCGUGGCUGUCCACAGCCUGGCCCAUAUGUAUUCCUUGGACCAGCUGGCUCUUAAGGCCGCUGACAUGAUCCGGCGCAACUUCAACAAGGUCAUCCAGGAUGAUGAGUUUUAUGCUUUACCUUUCCAUCUGUUCCGAGAUUGGCUGUCAGAUGCAGAGAUUACCGUGGACUCUGAGGAGGUGCUUUUUGAGGCAAUAGGCAAGUGGAUUCGCAAAAACCCCGGAGAUCGUGAAAAAUAUUUUGAAGAGCUGUUCAGGCUGUUGCGUCUUCCUCAGAUUAAAGCAAGCUACCUAACCCGUGUGCUUAAGUGUGAUAAGAUGGUGGCUGAGAAUGAGGCCUGCAUGAAACUGGUCACAGAGGCAGUAGAAGGUCACGCUAUCCGCUUCGAGAACAUUAAGGCUGCAGACUUGGAGUACUGGGCCUCCUAUAUGGCUUCUUUUCAGCCACGGUUUGGCCAGAACAUGGAUGUGAUCAUUGUGGUUGGGGGGGUUUCAGAAGGCGGUGACUACCUAAGUGAAUGUGUUGGCUACUUUUUAGAUGAAGACCGUUGGGUCAACCUGCCCCACAUCCACAACCAUCUAGAUGGACAUGCAAUUGCCAGCACUGAGUCUCAUGUUUACGUAGCUGGUUCAAUGGAGCCUGGCUUUGCCAAAACUGUUGAGCGCUACAAUCCGAAUCGCAACACGUGGGAGCAAGUGAACAACCUUAUCACACGCAAGCAUUCCUUUGGACUCGCCUGCGUCCGAGAGAUUCUCUUCAGCAUAGGGGGGCACGGCAAUUUCAGUCCUGGUUUCAAAGAUGUCAGCGUGUAUGAACCAGAUCAGGACAAAUGGCACAACCUGGAGUCGGCCCCCAAAAUUUUAAGAGAUGUUAAGGCAAUAAGUGUUGAGGACCGUUAUGUGUACAUCACUGCCCGCACUCCUGUGGACACUGACAAUGAGGAUGGCCUGAAAAACAUCACCACCAGGUAUGACACGGAGCUGCGGCAGUGGCAGGAGGUGGAGUCCCUUCCACUCAUCGACAACUAUUGCAUAUUCCAAAUGGCAGUGGCCACUACCAACUUUUACCACACUGCUUCCUGCUGUCCCAAGAAGUAUGAUGUCCGAGACGAGGCUAUCAAGCACAAGAUCACUAGCAGGACAUCAGAUGAAAUCCUGGAGAGCCUUCCUCCUGAAGUAACUAGCAUUGAAGGAGCAGCCAUCUGCUAUUUCAAAGAUGACGUUUUCAUCAUUGGUGGAUGGAAGAACAGUGACGAUGUGGACAAGCAAUACCGCAAAGAGGCAUAUCGCUAUUGUGCCGAGAAGAAGCGCUGGAUGCUUCUGCCACCUAUGCCUCAACCCCGAUGCAGAGCCGCUGCCUGCCACGUGCGUAUCCCUUACAGAUACCUUUAUGGAUCCCAGAGGUACCCCAUGCCACAGAACUUGGCACGGCAGCGGGAUCGCAUGCAACAGAUGCAGCAGUUGCACCGGCGUACACUGACCUUGCGGAAGCAGCUGCAGUCUCAGAUUGAAUGCUAGAAGGGCGACUAGAUUGUGCACCUCUAGUGGCACCUCGUGUGUUUGAUUUUUUUUUUUUUUUGGUAAACCUUAAAAGUACUUUCCAUUCAGCUUUUAUCUGUGGUGCCAUCUUAAAGAACUAGUGCUGCCCUAGGCCCGAAUGACACUAGUAAUGCUGGUGAAUACGGAGCAUGUCGUUGGGCAGGCCAAUGAUUGCACUUGAUGCAUGGCUCCAUUCCUGUGCACCGUAAUUCACACAUUGUAGCUCAUAUUGACCUUUCUCUUGUUAAGACAAGAUAACUCUGGACGGGAAGCCAAGCCUACAGAACUUUGAGAAGAACUUUACAAGAUUUAGUGGUUCAUAUAUUUGCUUUUGGAUGUGCUGUAGCCAAGGUUCAGCAUACGUCAGUGAACCUUUUUUGAUGGCCUCGCUCUUCUUUAUCACCGCUUCUUGUCACACAUUCCUUUUCUAUUGAGUUGGCAGCUGUUGUAACAUUUUUAGGAGAUCCUGCUCUUAUUCCAAGCAACCAAUGCUAAAAUAAGUGCACUUUUACCUUGAUGGCUGAGCAUGUAAUGCCAGUAUUACUGAUGCGAGUUUUCAAAAGUUCCUUGAAGUGUAAUAUGAGGAAGGACACCCUUCAAGAUCUCAUUUGUGGGACUGUGUGAGCUUGGACCAAGCGUGUAGGCUCUGCCUAGCAUUGUAAGGUGAACGAGACCAACCGUGACUCUUGACAUUCGCUCAUGACGGUGCCAGAAGAGAUGACGUACCUCAUGGCUCCGCUGCUUGUCUGUCUGAGUUGCACUUCUCACCUCUCCCUCCUUUGUACUCCACUGCUUGUCAGAUACGUGACUUGACAUCCACUCCAUUUCUGCAGUACCGCUGCUGUCAGCAAACAGGUAGAUGAGGUCAGACAUGGCACUUCUCACAUGCUUAAUUGAGCUACUUGUUUCCUGGCUUGUGAGCUUUUAAACAUGAAUUAUCUAGAUACUGUAUAUUCUAAGAAUUGUUUCAUAUUUCUACUAAACAAACUGGCUAUGAUUGAAACGUUCUCAUAUAAAUUGGUAUUUUUAGAUUGCUUGUUCUUAAAUUAAGAUGCAUUAUAAGUUAUUUUCUGUGCUUUACUCAUCCUUGAGCACACGAUGAAGUGGCUACAUGAUAUUUACAGACCAAAAAAAACAAAGCAGAUGUGAUUAGUGAAGUACACAAGCCCCAUAUUGGUAGGAGAACCUGUCUUACCCAAUAAAGUUACAAAGUUAUUUGAAACCUAAA